GUGGGGCUGCUUAGCUCCCACCCCUCGGGUUUCAUUUCUCUCUCUCUCUCUAUCAGCGGUUCCUCGCUGAAUUCACCCCCAAAUCGGCUCCUCCUUUGAGGGAGAAACUAUGGUGGCUAAAAGCCGAAAACAGAGCGGGAAGAGUCCCGCGACCCGGGUAGACCGCGACCGGAGCCCGCUCGUCUCGCCCCCGGGGAAAAGUGGCGCUCGUCGGCCUGGCAGAGGAGGAGAGGGCAAGGCUUCUAACGUCUCUCACCCGAACGGGCUGUCGGGCAUCAGACACAAGCUCGGGCUGACUCCCUCCGCGGUCGCGAGUCUGGGGAUCACCCUCCUCCUCGCUGCUCUGACUGGGUAUCUCCACUGGCAUCAUCUCUCACAGCUGUUUGAGAAUGACAGACACUUCUCACACCUGUCAAACCUGGAGAAGGAAAUGGCUUUCCGGACGGAGAUGGGCCUGUACUAUUCCUACUACAAGACCAUCAUUGACGCUCCGGCGUUCCUGGACGGCCUCCGCGGGGUCAUGAACGACCGGCUGACGGAGUACCCGCUGGUCAUCAACACGCUGAAGAGGUUCAAUCUCUACCCAGAGGUGGUCCUGGCCAGCUGGUACCGGAUGUACACGGGUGUGAUGGGAUACUUUGGCAUUCCCACAAAGAUGUGCUGGUCCAUCAACAGAGGAGAGGGACUCACUCCUGUGGACAGCUGUGAAGGGUUGGGCGACCCGGCGUAUUUCUACGUGAGCGUUGUGUUCCUGCUGAACGGCGCCAUGAUGAGCCUGUUCUUCCUCUACGGGGCCUACCUCAGCGGCAGUCGGCUGGGCGGCGUCGUUACCGCGGUGUGUUUUUUCUUCAAUCACGGAGAGAGCACGCGUGUGAUGUGGACUCCGCCUCUGAGGGAGAGCUUCGCCUACCCCUUCUUGGUCCUGCAGAUGCUCCUUCUCACCUACAUCCUACGGACACGGAACCCGAGCAGGACAGCCAUGGUCGCCCUGGGUGUCUCCAAUGUAUGCUUCAUGCUGCCUUGGCAGUUCGCCCAGUUUGUGCUGCUCACUCAGGUGGCUUCUCUGUUUGCGUCUUACAUCCUGGGUUACCUCGCCGCCACCAAGAUGCAAUCCAUCCUGGUCACUCACAUGGUCACGCUCGCCGUCUGCUUCGUCCUGAUGUUCGGCAACGCCAUGCUGCUCACGUCCUUCUACGCCUCCUCGCUCGUCUCCAUCUGGGCCAUCAUUGCGUUGAAGGAUCGGUUCGCUCGAGUCUUCAAGCCGGGCGUCGUCCUCUGGGUCAUGCAGGGUCUGGCUUGGGUCGGCUCUACAGUCCUGUUUAAGUUCAUGCUGUCCAGUGUCCUCAGUGUCUCGGAUGAUGCUCACAUCAGUGGACUGAUCAAGUCUAAGUUCACGAGCUACAAGGACUUCCACACUCUGAUGUACACGUGUGCUGCAGAGUUUGACUUCAUGGAGUUGGAGACGCCUCUACGUUACCUCAGGACGUUGCUGCUGCCCGUCAACGUGCUGGUGGUCGCUCUCAUCGCCGGGAGGACUGUCCAAGACGUCGUCCGGUUCCUGAGGGACGGCGGGAAGGCGUCCGUCAGGCCGGAGGUCGCUGACGAAGCUGCAGGGUCUGAAAUCGCAGCAACGGGAGCGCUGGUGUACCACAGCCUGCAGCUGGUGGCGUUCGCCGUCCUCGCCGUCCUCAUCAUGCGCCUGAAGCUCUUCCUGACGCCGCACAUGUGCAUCAUGGCGUCGCUCAUCUGCUCCAAGCAGUUGUUCGGCUGGAUCGGGGAGAGGUUCAAACACCAGCUCGCCGUGUAUGCGGUCAUGGCCGUCAUGGCCGUGCAGGGCGUGGCCAACCUGCGGGCCCAGUGGGGGAUCAUCGGCGAGUUCAGCAACAUGCCGCAGGAGGAGCUGCUGGACUGGAUCCAGGACAACACCCGCCCUGACUCCGUGUUCGCCGGGGCCAUGCCCACCAUGGCCAGCGUGAAGCUCUCCACGGGUCGGCCCAUCGUCAACCACCCCCACUACGAAGACGCCGGUCUGAGGGAGAGAACCAAGCUGGUGUACUCCAUGUACAGCCGCAUGUCCGGAGACACGGUGAAGGGGAACCUGAUGCAGCUGGGAGUCGACUUCUUCGUGUUGGAGGACUCGUGGUGCACCAGGAGAACCAGGCCCGGGUGCAGCAUGCCAGAGAUCUGGGACAUCGAGGACCCCGGGAACGCCGGUAGAAUUCCCUUCUGCACCCACAUGUCCAGGAGCUCCACGCCACACUUCAUCACGGUGUUCGCCAACGACAUUUACAAAGUUCUCAAAGUGCCCAAAGAGCUCGGAUAACACCGAGACGAGAGAGAUGAUUCACCGCCCCGAUUCACCGCUUCUCACAAGGUUGCGGGUUUUGAUCAGUCACCGCUUUUUACUCGACCUCCCCUUCUUCCUCCUCCUCCUCCUCCUCCUCAGUUCCCCCUUCUGUGCGGUGCUCUGGUUCACGGAGCGGUUUGGAGACGCCUCAACGCGUCGCGGUUCAUUUCGAUGGUAGCACCGGUUCUGUUCUAUAGAAUCUUUGGUUUUAAGAAGGAAGAAAGAAAAAAAGCUACAUCGUCCUCGAUAAACAGAUGCCGUGUUUAUACGUCAGAAUUGUUUCUCGUCUUAAGUCCAAUUUUGUCCGGCGGGACCAACCGACGAUGUCCACAUACUGUGAAGCGACCCCGUGAGCUGGCUUCUUCCAUCGUUACGCACAGUGUUGCUCUCUCCGAAAAGGACUUCUUUUUUUAAUUUACGUCGUAGGCUAUUUUUUUAUAAUUUAUUUGUGCCAGUAAUUUUUUAUGCAAACUUCAAAGUGUUAAAGGAAUACGAAAAACCCCACAAUCACUCACCUCCUGAGGCUCAUUACGGGCCCAGAGAGCGUUUUCCAUCUGAUGGCAUAUCGAUGCAAAACAGACUGACGGAGGGAAAAAAGAUUAUUUAACAUCUGAAAAAUGUUACGAAGCAUCAUCCAAGUGUCUCGUAUCCAAUCAAGGAAAUCAAAAUCUUCACCCAGCUAUUGCUGACGAAGCAUUUCCCGGUUCCCCUUUUCUUUCGCCUCUAUUAAAGUCUCCCUUACAGAUUUAUAACUAAUUAAUAACCAAUGCUCUUCUUGGUUGAAGUAUUCCUUGACAGUUUUUUCUUCGAAGCCAGCAGUGUUUUAAGAGUCGAUGGAACGAGGGGGAUUAUGUUAUUAAAAGCUUUUUUAAAUGUAUUUUAUUUUACUCUAUUCCUCGGCGUUCAGACAGAAUUGGUGCCAUUCCUAAACCUCAACAGUCCUAAAAAUGUCCCAUCGCUCCUGAAAUAGACUCGCUGUGCAACAGAAGCACUCAUUGUUUUAUCAUCCCACAAAUGACAUCAUUUCCCAGACUAAUGGGGUCUCGGAGUGAUGGGUGGUCCCCGAUGGACUUCACAAAACGUCACAUACUAGAAAAGCAUUCAUUCUUAAAUUCAGUUGGAAACUGACAAGUAGGCUUCCUCUUAACUCAGCCCGAUAAUGUCUUUUGUAAAUACCCGAAUCGUGUGUAAAAUACCAAUGUACGGCCUUCAAAAGGUUCUUUGUGUAUCUUAAAUACUGUCCGUUGCCAAAGGAGGUCUUGUUGUUAAAGCUGCGUGUUCGCCGGUACAUAAAAGACGUGUUUUUACAGCCAAUCCAAACUCUUUGUAGCAGUGGAUUUUGUGUCAACGGUAGCAGUUGUUAGUUCUUUCUUCAGGGUGCAUAUGAUGAAUAUUUCAGGAAAUACGUUUAAUGGCUUUUCAUGCCGAGAGUUGAAUGAGAAGAUCCGAUACGAGGCCUAAAUGAAAACCAACCUGUUGAUGAACGGUUCACUUUGGAGGCCGACUGCGUCCCCGUGUUAGAGAGCGAGCCCUUUCCCUUUGUUUCUAGUCUUUACGCUAAGCUACCGCCGCUCGCUGGCCAGAGUUUCAUAUUUAGCUGGACUGUGAGAGUGGCAUCGAUCUUCUCAUCUUAACUUUUGGCCAGACGUUUUAUUUUUAUUUUUUUCGUUGGAGAACGAGAGAGAAACGAACGUUAUCGUCUUUUCUCAAGAGCAAGAGUUCGACUCUCGGCUUCACGGCUGUCGGUAGCCGCUUGUGAAAGAUUCAGCGGCGUGUUUUUACGCUUUCUAAAAAGACUAUGGUGUUUUCUCGUGUAUGAACUCGUAACCGGUUGAACUCAUUUCGGUACGAUCCACCUCGGUUCGGGCGCCAGGAUGAGAUGAAAUAAUUAAUUUCAUUGGUAAACAAAACAAAAAACUGCUGCGGUGAGAUUAAAUGUGCCAGAGCGAGCGGUCGAACAAAUCAAAAACAUUUAACGACUGAGGUCCGGCUGCGUGGAGGCGGGGCCGUCGGCACUCUUUCCGAAAAACGCGUAAAUGUUUUUUCCAUGUCGGACGUUAGUGAGUUUCAGAUGUCUUUUAUAAUAUUUGUCUAUAGUCUGUAUUUUAAAAAAAUAAAAUAUUUGCCAUCAGCA